ACUGCUGUGCUUCAUUGUGCUUUGACAAUCGCAUCUUCUCUCUUAAUCUACAUUUCUCUCUUGAAGAAAAUGUCUUACAGAAAUUCAACCCACCAGGAAUCCCAUGGGAAUUCAACAUCAAGCAGGUCUUUCAGACAUAGUGAAGACUGUGAAGAUAGAGGUGAUCAGCAUACAUCUUCUGGUGUCCACAAUGAUGAGCACAUUACUGGUCCUAGAGGUAAUACCCAAAGACAUCCAAGUGCUAGAAACACUUCUGGAGGACACUAUGGUGAGGAACAUGCUUAUGGUGGUUCAGUGCAGAGCCAUAACGAAUUAUCUAAUUACAGAAAUGACCACAGAAGAAGUGUAGUCUCUGGGUCUGAUCGUGGUUAUGGAAAUGACUCAUUUGGAAAUCAGAAAGGUGGUUCGAGUGGUGUAUCUGGAAGUGGUUAUUCUCGUGUUCACUCAAGUGGUGGUUCUAGCAUUUCCAGGGCAGGGCAAAGUGGAGCUCAAGGUGGUAGCUCUGGUGGAUAUACUGGUGGCUCUGGUGAAGGUCAUAGUGGAGACUAUGACAGUGCUUCUAGGAGACAUGAUGCAGUAUCCAGGGGUGGACAAAGUGGAAGCAAGGGUAGCAGUUCUGGUGGAUAUACAGGUGACUCUAGUGGAGGUCAUAUUGGAGAAUAUGACAGUGGUUCUAGGAGACAUGAUGCAGUGUCCAGAGGGGGACAAAUUGGAAGCCAUGAUGGCAGCUCUGGUGGAUAUACAGGUGGCUCUAGUGGAGGUAAUAGUGGAGGUCAUGACAGUGGAUCCAGGGGAUAUGCUGGUGCUUCUAGAGGUGUGCAAGGUGGAAGUCAUGGUGGCAUUUCUGGUGGAUAUACAAGUGGUUCUUCCAGUGGAGGGCAAAGUGGAGGCUAUGGAGACAGCUCCAGAGGACAUAAUAGCAGCUCUAGGGGAUCUACUGGUGUAGGGGGUGGUAAUUCUGGUGGGCAGAAUGGAGGCCAUAGUGGUGGUUUUAGCAGUAGGUCAACAGGUGGCUUUUCUAACAGAAAUUCAGCUAACCAUCAAGGCUUCGGAGGAAAUUCUGGGCAAAGAGUAAGCUUUAGCAAUUGUUCCCUUGGAGAAGUUAGCCAUCAUCAAGCUGGAGGAAAGGAAACCAUGCAGAAUCUUAACUCUCGCUUGGCUACCUAUAUGGACAGAGUGCGCGCUCUAGAAGACUCUAAUGCAGAACUUGAGAUUAAGAUAAGAAACUGGUAUGACACCCAUAAACUUCAAAAAGUCGAUUACACCAAAUAUUACAAGACCAUUGAAGAACUUAAAAAUAAGAUGUUUUCUUUUAAUUUGGAUAAUAAUCAUCUCACUGUGCAAAAUGACAAUGCUCGACUGGCUGCGGAUGAUUUCAAAGUGAAGUACGAAACUGAACGCUGCCUGUUUCAAAAUGUGGAUGCCGAUGCCACCGGAUUACGUAAAGCCCUUGAUGACUUGACCUUGGAUAAAGCCAGUCUUGAAUCCCAAUUUGAGAGCCUAACAGAAGAACUUGCAUACCGCAAGAGAAACCAUGAAGAGGAGACGAAAUCCAUGCAAGGUGUCUCUAGUGAUGUGACAGUCCAGAUGGAUGCUGCUCCAGGUAUCAAUAUCCUUAAAAUCUUGAAUGACACCAGGUCUCAGUAUGAAGAGUUGGCUGAAGCAAAUCGCAAAAAGGCAGAGGAAGAAUACCAGCAAAAGAUCAGCGAGCUGAAAAGCGAGAUAUCUGACAGCAAUGAACAGAUUGAAUCAUAUAAGAAUCAAGUUAUGGAACUGAGACGCACUAUGCAGAAUUUGGAGAUUGAACUGCAGACACAGUGUGCCACGAAAACCUCUUUGGAGAACGCAAUGGCAGAGACAGAAGGUCGAUAUUAUGAUGAGCUGACCGAAAUUCAAAACAAGGUGAUGAUCCUGGAAGAUGAGCUGUCUCAGCUCCGACACGAACUGGAAAGCCAGUCACAAGAGUAUAAGAUUCUGCUGGACAUCAGAAGCAAGCUGGAGAAUGAGAUAGAGAUGUACCGCGAGCUUCUAGAAGAAGGAAGCGCAGAGCACGGCAAUAGUUAUGGUAAUGCUAAUGCUAAUGGUAACAGAUAUAAUAACAAUAAUCAUUCAUCAAGACAAGGAGGAAGGUCAGCUUCAUCUUCAGUCUCAGAUCAGAGAAGAAGCCGGGUAGUGACCGCAAUUACUGAAGAGAGAAUGGAUGGCAGAAUUGUCUCAACCAAAGUGAGCGAGAUCCAUCAGCAGAAAUAAAUCCAAAAACUCCAGUUGCUAUCUUACUUUUUCAACAAAACGGCUUAAAAUAUCAACCUGUUAGAAAUUAGAAAACUUUAAAGAGGUCACAGUAUACCACACACUGCUGGGAAUAUUCUGUAUUCCAGAGAACAGCUUUCUAAUGGGAUGUUAGGGAUGCCAUAGGAGGAAUGGUCUACCAAUACCAGGAUGGCAGUAAAAGAAGCCUAACAAAGAACACAGCUUCAUUGCCAAAAAAAUAUGUUAAUGAACCAUUUGUCUCGCUAACCAAAAAAUAUGUCUUUUAAUUAUUCUGAUUGGUCAACAAAAAAAAAUGAAAUUUGUCAAAAUGUGUACAGCUGCUUCAUUCCACUACCAUUAUCCCUGACAAUCAUUAGUUAUAUCUGCACUCUUGAAAUUCUAAUCUUUUUCCUUAUCAUUUAAUAAAUGCUGCUAUGUGCAAAGAUAUAAAUCUGA